UCUCCAUAAGAACAUAGAUUUUUUUUUCACAAGUGGCUAAACGCAGUUGGCUAUUGACUGUGAGCCGUAGCAAGGUAUUGACAUUGAAUUACAUAACAGGUUGAGUUAUUUCGCUGUUCACUCAGGAUGAAUGCAGCUGCAAAUGGUUCAAAAUUUUGGGUUCAGCUGAAGGAAGCUGCUGUUAUUGUCAAUGGAGGAAUUAUUUUAUUCGGUGGCAUCAACUUGUACAGAGGCAAUGAAAAGUUCUAUGAAGAAAUUGCUAUGCCUUUGCUUCGGAUAUUUAGCCCAGAGACCGCACAUAACAUCAGCUUAAAACUAAUCAAAUGUAAAUUAGUACCAAAGCCUCAGACUCCAGAUCCACCAUCUCUGAAAACACAAGUAUGGGGCAGAACAUUUCCAAGUAUGAUUGGACUGGCUGCUGGCUAUGACAAGCAAGGUGAAGCAGUUGAUGGCUUGUUCAAAAUGGGGUUUGGUUUUGUUGAAGUAGGAAGUGUCACGCCUGAACCCCAGCCAGGUAAUCCUAAGCCUCGUGUAUUUCGACUUACAGAGGAUAAGGCUGUUAUAAACAGAUAUGGUUUUAACAGUGAAGGACAUGAUGCUGUAUAUAACCGGCUCUAUGCAAGGAAUGUUGAGCAGACUCCAACAGGUUACCCACAGACUUACCUCGGGGAAGAGAGAAACAUGCUGAACAUUGGGUUUUGGACACCAGUGGAAGACAACUCUAGUAAGUUGUUAGAACGUCAGUGGAUAAAAGUGGUCAAAGGAAAUAAACACUUUAAGAGGAAAGAUAAUGGUGUGUUGGGUGUGAACCUUGGCAAAAAUAAACAAACUGAGAAUGCUGUUGAAGAUUACGUGAAAGGUGUUAAAAAGUUUGGUCCCAUUGCUGAUUACCUUGUGAUUAAUGUGUCCAGUCCCAAUACUCCUGGACUCCGAGACAUGCAGAGACAAGAGGAGCUGUCCAGGCUGUUAGAGAAGGUUGUUGAAGAAAGAAACAAGCUGACCUUUAACCCCAAACCCCCCCUUUUGAUCAAAAUUGCGCCAGACCUGAGUGAAGAAGAAAAAAAAGACAUUGCUGAUGUCAUUACAAGACCAAAGAGUCAUGUUGAUGGUCUCAUAGUCAGUAACACCACAGUAGCCAGGCCAGACUCACUGGUCAGUAAAAACAAAGAGGAAGUUGGAGGAUUGAGUGGGGCUCCCCUAAAAGAUAAGUCCUUGGAGACUAUUAGAGACAUGUACAGACUUACUAAUGGUCAAGUGCCUAUUGUGGGUGUUGGUGGUAUCAGUAAUGGCCAAGAUGCAUAUUCUAAGGUGAAGGCCGGUGCAAGUUUGAUACAACUCUACACAGCAUUAAUCUAUCAAGGUCCACCAGUCAUUUCCAAAAUAAAAAGAGAAUUGGAUGAUCUGUUAAGGAAUGAUGGUUACAGUCACAUAUCAGAAGCUGUAGGUGCUGACUUCAAAGCAAGUCUGCAGACCAAAAACAAGCAAUAAAUUUCAAAAUUGCUAUCUUGUGAAUCAUUGGUUAAAGCUUUUUGGUGAAAUGCCUUCAUCAUUGAAGUGAAGGCUGGCAUUAUAACAUAAAAGUUUGAGAUAUAUUUUCAGCCUAUAGAUCUACUUUCUGUAAUUUUAGCAGUUAAGAAAAAUGUUUAUAUGACAUGGUAGUUAAUACUUUCUCAAACACCAGCAAUAAUUAUAUUUGUGAGGAUUAAUUCAGGUCACCUGGCUGUAAGCUGUUGUAAUUGUUGUUACAUUAUUUUGAAUUUACAAGAGAAAUAGUGAGUCCUUGUAAUCACAACAAAUUUCCAUAAGGAUCAAUAAAGCAGUCUUAGUCUUAGCCUAAUGGUAAUUUAACUAACUUGACUGUAUCCCAUGAUUAUUAACUUUCAAUGAUGUCUGGUUUGUUUAUUGUGUAAAUACAAAGCAAUAGUUUUUAUGUACAUAGUGAUUAAUAAAUGAAGUGGUUUUUUUUAAUAACUAGA